ACAAUUUGCCUGCUGGUACAGUGCAUCAUGUUGGCUAGGUGUUCACAAGGCUGCUAAUUGGCGUUGAGAUAUCAUCGUGAAUUUCAUAUUUUCUAAUAAUAUUUUCGACAUUAUUUCGCUGCCUCGCCGGGGACACAUUAGUGGAUUAAUGAGGCCUCUGCGUGUGUUUCACACGCUGAAAUGAUCGUUGUCUGAAGGACUACUAUUUUGUUGAUGUCAUCCGUACAGGAGAUCGUAUAGCGACCUUCAAUUGACUUGAAUAAACAAACACUUUUUUUUUUUUUUUUUAAAUCCAGAUUUGAUAUUUUCCAGUGACAUUUGGCGUUGAGGAUGGGACUUUCGCUGCCUGCUUUCUUGCUGCUAUGCUGCUUAACCCUGACAACCGGUUCAGAUUUUCUGUCGGGGUCUGAACCGUCCGGACGGGCGGCUUUUGUCAGGGGUUCGAACCGAGCUUCGAAAAUCACAAAGCGGUCUUUGCCCGCUUGGCUGCCUUUUCCACAAAAACACAACAUAAGGAAGAGAAGCGCCCCUUCAGACGCCUCCUGCGACGCUCUUCAAGGAUAUGAAACCAAGUUAGACAACAACACUCACCGUCAUACCUUCAAUGACCUCAGUGGAUCCGUGUCACUGGCUUGGGUUGGAGAUGGCACAGGGGUCAUGCUGGCUUUAACAACUUUUCAGGUUCCCUUCUUCAUGAUUAGACUUGGACAGUCCAAACUCUAUCGAAGUGAGGACUAUGGCAAGACCUUCUUGGAUGUCACAGAUCUCAUCAACAACACCUUCAUCAUGUCGGAGUUUGGCAUUGCUAUCGGGCCUGAGAAUUCAGGGAAAGUGAUCUUGACAGGAGAGGUGUCUGGAGAUCACAGUUCACGGAUCUUUGUGUCUAGCGACUUUGGGAAGAGUUUUACCCACCAAGAACUGCCCUUCAACCCACUCGUCCCGAUAAUGUACAACCCCGAGAAUUCCAAUGUGCUACUGGGCCUGGGUAACAAAGAUGAGCUUUGGCUGACCGAAGAUUUUGGGGUUAACUGGAAAAAGAUCCAUGACAUGGUGUGUCUGGUGAAAUGGGGGAGAAAAAAUGCCAUCUUCUUUUCAACCAAUCGCAAUGGAUCCUGUGAUGACCGGGGAGAGCUUGAGCUUAGGAGGACAACUGAUAAUGGGAAAACCAUCGCAACUGUCGCCACAAAAAUCUACUCCUUUGGCCUGGGUGGACGCUUCCUCUUUGCUUCUGUGAUGAUGGGCAAGGGCACUCUGCGUAAGAUCCACGUGUCAGUGGACCAGGGAGAGACUUGGAACAUGGCUCAAUUGCCUGCUGUUGGCCAUGAGCAGUUCUACUCUAUCCUGGCAGCAAGUGAUGAAAUGGUCUUCAUGCAUGUCGAUGAUCCGGGAGAUACUGGCUUUGGCACUGUUUAUGUGUCAGAUGACCGAGGCACUGUUUACUCCAAGUCAUUAGCACGCCACCUUUACACCACCACUGGCGGUGACACGGACUUCACUAACGUCACCUCCCUGCGAGGAGUUUUCAUCACCAGCAUCUUGGCUGAAGAUAACUCUGUGCAGUCUGUGGUGUCUUAUGACCAGGGAGGGGAGUGGUCUCCUAUUCAGAAACCUGCCAACAGCAAAUGUGACGCGACAGCUAAAGACCCAGAAAAGUGCAGUCUUCAUAUUCACGCUGCCUACAGUACUGCUAUGAGGCUCAAUGUCCCCAUGCUGCCUCUGAGUGAACCAAAUGCUCUGGGUCUAAUAUUAGCUCACGCAAGUGUUGGUGAUGCGAUAUCAGUGAUGAACCCCGAUGUGUACGUGUCUGAUGAUGGAGGCUACACCUGGAUCAAGGCUCUUGAUGGACCCCAUCAUUAUGCUAUUUUGGACUCUGGUGGUCUGCUGGUGGCUGUGGAACACAAUCCCAACGAACCAAUUGACAAGAUCAAGUUUUCUACUGACGAAGGGCAGUGCUGGCAUUCGUAUACCUUCACCCAGGAGCCCAUCUACUUCACAGGGCUUGCAUCAGAGCCUGGUGCUCGCUCGAUGAAUGUCAGCAUUUGGGGCUACAAAAACAGUUUGCUCAGCCAGUACUGGAUCUCCACCACCAUUGACUUCAGGGAUCUGCUCACUAGAGACUGUGCGGACAGUGAUUAUGUUCAGUGGUUGGCUCACUCUGAUGACAUCAGUCACCCCGACGAUGGCUGCAUGCUGGGCUAUAAAGAAAAGUUUCUGCGUCUCAAGAAAGACUCUGUUUGCUGGAAUGGUCGAGAUUAUAUGAUCACCACUCAGCCAACGCCUUGUCAGUGCACACUGGAUGACUUUCUGUGUGACUUUGGAUAUUACCGCAAAGAGAAAAGUUCAGAGUGCAUGGAGGAGCCUGACCUGAUGGGCAAGGUGCUGGAGUUCUGUCUGCAUGGCAAAGAAGAACAACUGGUGACUCAUGGCUACAGGAAAAUCCCCGGAGAUAAGUGUGAGGGGGGAGAUAUUCCUGAGCGAAAAGAGAUUGACCUCAGUCAGAGGUGUGUCAGUGACUUGUGGGGCCCUGAAUUCCAGAAAAAAGGCUCUUCCUCCAAAUCUGUACCCAUUGUGAUAACAAUUGUCAUCAUCAUGCUAUUGAGCACCGUCGCUGGAGUCUUCUUUGUCAAGAAAUACGUCUGCGGUGGCAGGUUCUUAGUUCACAGAUACUCUGUACUGCAGCAACACGCGGAAGACAACGCUGCUGACAUCACGGACGACCCACUCGACAACGACCACGCUCCAAAUGGAAAGAUCGAGUUCCAUGACGACUCUGAUGAGGACCUGUUGGAAUAGCAGGUAGAGCCUGUAAAUCCAUCUCAACGGGAUUCUCGCCUACCUGGUGACUGGAGACUUGUUCCUGUCACACACAUUUGUCUCCAGCUACUUCUUCCUUUCAUAGAGUAAUGAUCUUUGACCUCAGCUGCCAGACCGAAGGUCUGUGUCACUUUGCUGUCCUUUAUGAAGUAACAUGAAUGUACGCUGGCUGCCUGGACAUGGAAAUAUGUUGAUGGUCUUGUCGAAACUUGGGUGUAAAUCACAGCAAGUGUAUUUAUUAUCAUGUGGAUGCAAGACGUGUCAGGACAGGAGAAAUGAGUUUGGAGGUGAUUGUGGUUAUGUAAAUGCUUCCUGGGGCCUGCCUCUGCUAUCCAUUGGCGAGCGCUCCUAAAAAUAUUCUCACAUCUUUCGAAGAUGCAUGUUCUUUCUCUGCACUUGUAUGUAUAUAGUAGUCUCAUAAAAUGUGAUAUUAGCUUGGUAGGUGAUUGCUGGAUAAUGACUUCCCAAUUACUUAUUACUAUAACAACUACUUUUUAUGAGGUUGUUGAUUGUCCAUGAGGCCAGAAUCUGACAAUUUUGGGCCUCAGUUUAAAUGUUGUUUGAUGGGCACUUUGUGUGUAUUGGGAAAAUUACAGUAGCCUGCAAAUGUGUGUCUCUCUUCAAGUUUAAUGGUUGAAGUAAGAAGCACAACUAGAAGCUUCCAUUUGAUUGGCUAUCAGUAGCAAUAAUGUCUAAAUUUGCUGUAUUUGCAUUUAUGGGAAAAUCUUCCAUUAGCACAAUAUCUGUAAUCUCGCCAGCUGUUUUUUGAUGAAUUUUCAAGGCAAUAUUAUGUGCAGUUGAACUGCUAAAAGCACAAUGUGUGUAUGCUCAAAAGUGUCACAUUUGACCCAAAUGUGCUCAAGCUACAAAACAUUUGUCUGCAAUAAUCUGGGUACUCAUUAGUCUUGUCUAUAAUGACGGUUCCAACAGAUUUGUACUAAAGCUGCGGUUCAUAGCGGAUACGGUACAUAGUUUCAUAGCAAAUAUCACUUUAUUUUUCAAGACAGUUUGGAAUUUGCUAUAAACACACAGGAGCAAAUAAAUGAUGUAAGUAUUGUAAGACAUACAAGAUGACAGAAGCAGGUAUGUAAAUAACACAAGGGUGUGAGGUUGUUGACUUUUUAUUUGACUUGAAGCAAAUCCAACAAUAAUUUAUACCAUCAAAUCUUAGAACUACUGACAUGUCUCAAAGCUUUGUCCUCCCCCUGAGACAUAUUCACUGUUUUGUUUUUCUGGUGUUUUUAUUACAAUGAUGUCAUGCAGGUUUUAUUUAUUUGUCAUUAGCAGGUUCAGAGUGCAGUAAACGUUGUGUAGUUCGGAUGUGGUUGUUUAAGUGCCGCGUGCAAGGACAUGAUGAGUGACCGGCCUGUAUUCUUUUAAUUAUAUCAGCUGUUUAAUAACUAGUUUCAGUUUGACACUUCCCACGCUGCACUUUUCCAUAAGAUAAAAACAAUGAAUGAUACAGUAUGUUUCACAUGAGCUCCUAUUGAAGUGCAUGUAACCCCUUACAGUAGUCUUAGUUUUUCACGCCUCAACAUAAAAACCAAUGUAGAGAAGUUGCUUAGACAUUGAGGGAUGUUCUUAUUUGAUCAAUAAAAGUUAUGCUAUCUCAUGUUUCCUACAGUCUGAUAUAAAAUGUAGAAAGGAGGUUUUGUAAAUAUAAUCAAAUGUUACAUCUUUGUAUCUGCUGAAAAUCUGCUGUUUUCAUUUUAGGCAUUUUUUCUUUGGGUUUGCCAAUAAAUUAAUAAUGUUUAUCUA